AUGGAGGACGAAAUAUGGUCCAAGGGUCCGAAGUUCCGCCUCAGUUGUUGGCUGCAAAGCAGAACGAUAUCCACAACUGGGCCUAUUGCCGCUAGAGUGAUUAAUAGGGCCGAGAGAUUACGGAAACACGACGAGGAAAUCGCUCGUCGUCCCGAAUUCGACCAUUCCGAUACGCCUAUUGAAGUCACCAAGUCGCCAAAUUCACCCUGGGAGUAUGGCCAAGGCGUUCGGAUGAAGUCACCUGGAACAGAUCAAGCGCAUAAGGAAAUUGACCCUUACGCCCCAAAUAGACAAAAGACUGAUAACUAUCAUCUUUUGAUCUCGGGUAUCGCACCUCGUCCAAUCGGCUUUAUCAGUACUCAAUCUGGUGACGGCAAGACCAAGAAUCUGGCCCCGUUUAGCUAUUUUCAGGUUGUCGACCAUGACCCACCUCUAUUUAUCGUGGGUAUUGGCCCGAAGUCUGGGCAAGGAAAAGAUACACUUUGCAAUCUGAAGCAGAGUGGUGAAUGUGUGAUAAAUACGGUGUCCGAGAGCAUGAUUGAAGCAGUGAACGCUACCUCUAUCGAUGCCCCAUAUGGUGUGUCAGAGUGGGAAUUAUCUGGUCUUCAUGAAGCUCCUAGCACAACAGUAAGUCCGUCACGAGUCCAGGAAUCUGUCUUUUCUAUAGAAGGAAAGGUUGUGGAUAUCAAGGAGUUUCCUGAAUACGCCAAGCCUGGCAUGGCGCCGACUGCAGUGGUAUUCAUAGAAGCUUCUCGAUUCUGGAUUCGAGAGGAUGCUGCCAACGAGAAUUACAGUCACAUUUACCUUGACAAGUUACGGCCUCUGGGGCAGCUCGGGGGCAUGGCGUACGGACGUAUCACGUCUACUUUUGACGUGCCUAGGAAGAUGUGGGAAGAUGAAGUGACGGAAAACGACAUAUUGCGUAACUUUACGUCAAGAAACGGCGCGAAAGUUGGCAGUCAAGUUUGA